CGCUUGACGCGUUUCCAGGAGCAUUGUGAUUGGUUAAGUUCAAAACCGCCAAAGACAGUUUGACCAGGAAUUUUGUUGUGUUCAAUGUUUCGGAACACAUGUAAAGAUGAUGGAAUCAUGUUUCAACAAUAAAUUGGAGAGAGAGGAGGCAGUGGACAUAUUAGUGGAUGACCUGAAGAAAGACCUUUUCUCAGAGUUCAACUCGAUACCACUCAACCGACCGGACUCCCAGGACUCUUCCAUUGAAGAGAGGGAACACUUGCAGGUGUAUCUCCGCAUCCGACCUUUCACGACCACAGAAACUGAAAAUGGCGAGUCACAGGAUUGUGUUGGCAUUGAAGUCCCCGACACAGUACUACUCAAGGCUCCAAGAGCUUCACUGUCAGCCAGACUCAGUGACAAAUCAGACAUGCAGACUGCUCAGCGCUUUCAGUUCUCACAGGUGUAUGGGCCAGAGACCACUCAGAGGGAGAUAUUUGACGGCACUGUGAAGGGCCUGGUGAGAGACGUCCUGGAGGGGGGGAACUCUCUGGUCUUCACCUACGGAGUCACCAACGCCGGCAAGACCUUCACAUUCUUAGGUCCAGACACCAAUGUGGGUCUGCUGCCGAGGUCUCUCAACAUCAUCUUCAACAGCAUUGAGGAGCGCAUCUACCAUCACAUGAACAUCAAGCCCCAGCGCUGCCGAGAGUUCGUCAGACUCACCAAGGACCAAGAGAGCGAGGAGGCCACUAACAAGAGGAACCUCUUCAGGCUCCUCAAGGAGACUGAUGCCCACAAGAGCAUGGCUAACUCAACCUGCAAGACAAGCCUGGAAGGUUCCACCCUGCUGGACGCGGAGGGCACUGUGAUUAAUGACAGCUUCAGUCUGGAUCUGGAUGCAGACAUCAAGUUUUCUGUGUGGGUGUCCUUUUGUGAGAUCUACAAUGAGAACAUCCAUGACCUGCUGGAGGCUGUUCCCUCAGGGGCCCUGAAGAGGACCACGCUCAAGCUGUCCCAGGACAUCAAGGGAAACUCCUUUGUGAAGGACCUGCGGUGGGUGCAGGUGAACAGUGCAGAGGAGGCCUACAAGGUGAUGAAGCUGGGCAAGAGGAACCAGAGCUUCUCCAGCACCAAGCUCAACCACCUCUCCAGCAGGAGUCACAGCAUAUUCUCUAUCCGCGUCCUGAGAAUCAAAGACGUUGGAAUUCCACGCGUCAGUGCAGUAAGCGAGCUCUCGCUGUGUGACCUGGCUGGCUCUGAAAGGUGCGCCAAAACCCAGAACAAAGGUGAGCGUCUGAAAGAGGCGGGAAACAUCAACACCUCCAUGCUCAUCUUGGGGAAAUGCAUCAACGCGCUCCGACACAACCAGACGGCCAAACUGCUCCAACACGUUCCCUUCAGGGAGAGCAAGCUCACCCACUACCUGCAGGGUUUCUUCUGUGGCCGGGGCAAGGCCUGCAUGAUCGUCAACAUUAACCAGUGUGCCUCCACGUAUGAUGAGACCCUCAACGUGCUCAAGUUCUCAGCCGUGGCUCAAAAAGUGGUAGUCCUGACCACCAAGACCAUUCCCAACUUGCCUAAGAUGUCGGCCCGGGAGGUUUCAUUCAUCAUCAACAACGCAAACAGGAAGGAGCUGUCGGCUUUCCGGAGGAGGAGCUCUCUGGUCGGCUGGGAGACCAGCCUGGAGGAUCUGCGGGAAAGCGAGGAUGAUGAUGAUGAUGAGGAGGAGGAGGAGGAGGAGGAGGAAGAUGAAGAGAGCAUGAUGGAAGAAACCAUUCACAAGGCAGACAGUGAUGAUGAAAAAAAUGAAAUUAUUGUCAAUAAACUGACAUACAUGAGUCAGGUGGCGCUGUUGGAAGAGCUGCAGGAGCUAUUACGGAAGGAGAGGGCUGACAGUCAAGCUCUGGAGGGGCGCGUACGAGAAGAAGUCUCCAAAGAGUUCUCUGAGCUGUUCUCCCAGAUACAGACAGACUGCAACGAGCGUCUGCUGAGAGAAAAGGAGAUCAUCGAGGAGAGAGCAGAGAGGAGGCUGGAGAUCCUGAAGAACCUGGUCACCAAGAACACCAACCAGAAAGACACGACCACAGAGGACAUGUCGUUCUCCCUGGAUGGGAUGAUUGACUCCAUGUGCAGUGACCUGGCAGGAAUCAGGCAGGAUGCCCAUGAUGCCCACACCUGUCUUGGAGAGAACAGAAAGCACAGCUCCCAGGCCCAGAGCUUUGGUAGUGUUGAGACCAUGGCUGACCUGGAGAAGAGGGUGUCAGAGCUGUCUAAACAGCUACAGCAGGCACAGGAGGGCCUCUCCACCAAAACCACUGAGCUGAGGGAUUACUGCAGUCAAGCACAGCAGGCAAACGAGCAACUAUAUCAGGCAAAAAAGAGUUUGGAGGCCCAGGAGAAGAAGUUCUCCGAGCUGAUGGAGAUGUGUCAUGAGAAGGACGAGGCCAUCUCUAAGCUGCAGACCACCAUGGACCUGCAGUUUGACGCUGCUGCCAAGGAUAAGGCUAUCCUGGACUCCAAGGAGAUCUGUUGUCUGGAUAGCAUAUGCACCUGCUCCAGAAGGGAAAGGCCCAGCUUUCGCACUGACAGCCGCAAACGGCAGGUGGGGGGGCAGUCAAACGUGGAGGAACAGCCCCCUCUAAAGAAAGGAUCUUUUGGGGAGGAGGAGGAAGACGGACUGCAAGAUGAAAUGCAGGACUUCUUGGAGGAGGAAGGGCAGGUAGCCCCCCUUGCUGGCAUGGUGUCUGGCGUGGAGGGGUGUGGCAGGCUGGAGGAACGCCUGGGAGAGCUGCAGGAAAAACACCUGGGUGAGGAGCAGCAUACUCGGGAGCUAACCAUGGAGCUACGGGAGGCUAAGCAGGGGAAAGAGGAGGCCCUAACUGCCCUCAUGGAGGUAACACAGGGGAAAGAGGAGGCCCUAACUGCCCUCAUGGAGGUUAAACAGGGGAAAGAGGAGGCCCUAACUGCCCUCAUUGAAGCUAAGCAGGGGAAAGAGGAGGCCCUAACUGCCCUCAUGGAGGUAACACAGGGGAAAGAGGAGGCCCUAACUGCCCUCAUUGAAGCUAAGCAGGGGAAAGAGGAGGCCCUAACUGCCCUCAUGGAGGUAACACAGGGGAGAGAGGAGGCCCUAACUGCCCUCAUUGAAGCUAAGCAGGGGAAAGAGGAGGCCCUAACUGCCCUCAUGGAGGUAACACAGGGGAGAGAGGAGGCCCUAACUGCCCUCAUGGAGGUAACACAGGGGAGAGAGGAGGCCCUGGCUGCCCUCAUGGAGGUAACACAGGGGAGAGAGGAGGCCCUGGCUGCAGUUACACUCAAGAAGGAGGAGGUUAUCAACCAGACUACCAGAGCUGAGCAAACCCUGAAUGACCUGCAGGCUGAACUGGAAAGAUACGACCACCAGCUCAGAGAUAAAAACGCUCUGAUUGAGACCUUGACCCUGGAAGUCAAACGGCUGGGGCAGGAAUCGGAGGUGGUUGAAGUGUCGUCAGGAAGCCAGGAAGACGUUGUCAGAAAGGAGCUCUCAGAGGCCCAGGAGGAGAGGGAGAAGAGACUGCUGCAGGUCCAAACGCUGGAACAGGAGCUAGGAGAGGCUAAAGACCAGCUUUCCCAACAACAGCUGACUUCAGACCAGCAGGUAGAGAUACUACAACAGAAGCUAAAAGAACAACAACUGACCUUAGAAGAGCAGCUGGAAGAUCUUGAACAGAAGCUCGCCCAAAACAAGCUCAGCUCCGAACGCGAGAUAAAAGAGCUCAAAGAAAAGUUCGACCCACAAGUGCUAAACUCCGAACAGCAACUACAGGAGUUCAAGCAGAAACUUGCGGAACAAGAGCUGAAUUCAGACCACCUGAAGGCACAGCUGGAGGAGGCUGCUGCUGAGGUCCUUAAGAGCAACAGCUCUGCAGAGAAGGAGGAGCUGAGCAGAUUAAACUCUAAUCUGGAGGCUGAGGUUUUGACCCUGAGGUUAAAGGUCACUGACCUGGAAGAGAAGCAGUGUGCCCGGGAUGCUGAGAAAGAGGCUACCACAGCUGCCCUGAAUCAGUCUGAAAGCCACCAGCUGGCAUUGCCUACAGGAGAAAUGGAGAGAAGGCAAGCAGAGAAGGAGGUGGAGAUGGAGAGAAGGCUGGCUGAGAAGGAGGAGGAGAUUGAGACAAGGCUAGCAAAGAAAGAGGAGGAGAUUGAGAGAAGGCUAGCUAAAAAGGAGGAGGAGGUGGAGAGAAGACUCGCUGAGAAGGAGGAGGAGGUGGAGAGGAGGCUAGCAGAGAAGCAGGCGCAGGUGACAGGACUGCAGAGGAGCCUGAGGGAGGCGCAGGAGCGCAGAGAGGAGGAGGAGAGCACGGCGGUGCAGGAGGCCAGGAGGAGGGAGGUGGAGAGACGGCGGGAGCUGCUGGCCGUGGCGGAGGAGGCCAUCGCUGAGAAGAAUGCCGAGCUGGAGAAGAAAGCCCAGGAGGUCUCCAGACUGAAGGAGGCUGCCAAACUGGACUCAGAUAAGGUGAAGAGCAUAAGUUUAGACCUGCAGAGGAAAGAGGACGACACCUCUGACCUGAAGGAGAAACUGGCUGACUCCAAGAAACAGAUACAGCAAGUUCAAAAAGAGAUCUGCUCCAUGCGUGAUGAGGAGAAAUUCUUGCGCCAGAAGCUGCUAGACUUGGAAAAAGCUAAGAAGCAGUUUCAGGCAGACCUGGCCAGCAGAGACAAGACCAUCCAGCACCUCCGGACAGACAGCCGGCCUGACGACAGCCUGCAGCUCUACCAGCAGGCCUGCAAAGACUUGCAGGCUGGUGAGCGUGCGAUGGAGGACAUGCGGCUGGCGCUGGUGGAGCAGGAAGAGACCCAGGAGCAGCUGGAUCAGGUUCUGGAGGAGAGACAGGAUCAGAUCCAGGCCCUCGCUGACGAGGUUGGGAAACUGAGGAGCUUGUUGGGGAACCAGGAUGCUGGGGAAGUCAUGCCCUCCCUGAGAGAGAGACGAUCAGAUGACUUCAAACUAGCCAAUCAGGAAGCAGCUCGGGCUCAAGAGAGUUUGAAGCUGAGCACAGAGAAGCACCAGGCUGACAGGAGAAAGUGGCUGGAGGAGAAGAUGGUUCUGAUUCGCCAGGCCAAGGAGACGGAGGACAAGAGGAACCAGGAAAUUAGAAAGUUUGCAGAGGACAGAGAAAAAAACUCCAGGCAUCAACGUCAAAUGGAGGCCCUCUCUGCCACGCUGCAUGAGAAGGAGCAGGACAUGGAGAGGUGGAGGAUGGAGAGAGACACCCUUGUGGCGGCUCUGGAGGUCCAGUUGCAGAAGCUCCUCUCGAGCAACGCUGAAAAGGACAAACUCAUCGCCUCGCUCUCCUGCAGUAACUCAUCUCAACCACCAGAGACCCAGCUCGAUGAGCCUGUGAGCGAGGGCAUGACACCCCUCAGCGAAGGCAGCCAACAGCUCCCAGCAGCCAGCUGCACCAGGACCUCAGUCAGCAGCAGCCAGGGGAACCCCUCGGUGCUGGACUCGUCCCAGAUCUCCACGGAGAACGGGAGGACGAGCCGCUUCCCCAAGCCCGAGCUGGAGAUCUCCUUCAGUCCGCUGCAGCCCAACCGCAUGGCGCUGCGCCGGCAGGGCCAGGACGAGGUCACCGUCAAGAUCACCCGCUCGGCACGCAAGAGGAAGAGCACAGAGCCGGACAAGAAAGGCAACAAGAUCGCUAAAUCUAAAAAGAAACCCCACACCGCUCAGGAUGAGGUAGAGAACGAAAACCGGAGAAACACCAGAACCAGACUGACCCCUAAACUGGCCCCUCACCAGGAGGAGUGGGGAUCUCCAGCUGGCAGCAGUGGACACCAGUGCUCCAUGCAGCUCCAGGACUCCCAGUCCAGCCUUCGUAGCAGGAAGGAGGGGACCCUCCAGAAGAUAGGAGACUUCCUCCACAGCUCUCCCAACCUGUUCGGCAGCAAGGCUAAAAAGAUCAUGAAGCUCGUCAGCGGGCGGUCUCCAGACCCAGACGGGGGGUCGUCCCUCAGCGCCAGACCCAAGAAGCCCAAAAGGGCUUUGUACCACCCCGAGAUCUCGUCCCCCAUGGACCUGCCGCCCCACGCGAUCAUCAACAGAGACCCAGAGGAGAAGGAGAGCGACCGCCUGAUCAUCAAGAGAAGACUCCGCUCUAGGACUGGCAAAUGAAGACCACAGCUCAUCCCUCGGCUCCUCCUCCCUGUUCAGUUCUCUUCUUCCCCUGCACUCUCCUCGGUCUACGUUUCCCUUUCCUCUACACCUUUCCUUCUGCUCCUGUCGCCAUUCCUCCCUCUUUCUUCCUCCCGCUGUUCCUCUCUGCAGUGUCUGACAGGAAGGGGAGGAGUCACCUGGUGGGACUCAGUGGGAUAAAGUGUUUCUGUUGAUGAGAGUAUUAUUGAGGCGGAUUAGCCCUGCAUAUUGUACUGUAUUUUUGAUUACCGUACCACUUAACUCGCACUAAUCUCCAAACGUAUUUUGUUUUAGCUCAGAAAAUUUUACAUAUCUGAAAUCACAUGCACUUUUCUUCUUUCUUGCAUUGAGUAGUUUAUAUCAUUUAUAUAUUAUUGUAUUCUUAUGUAAUGGUGCACAUAAAAAAAAGAUCUUUAGGGACACUAAUUUGUCUGUAAUUUGAUUGUACUAGACUGGCUAUAUUCAUUUCUACGUUAUAGAGAAACUUUAUAAGAGACUAUGUUUGAAUUAUCAAAUGACCAUUCCAUUUAUUUUGUAGUCUUAUGAUUAACAUCCAUUCGGUGAUUAGAAUGUGUUAAUUUCUUAAAUAUACCCAAAUGUCUUUUUGUAAGAGUUUUGUCUUAUAGUUCCUCAGUUUGUCAUUUGUAACAUUACUAAUGCACAUACAUACCAAGAUGGUUAAAUAAACAGCCUAUGUAGCCUGGCA